AUGGCAGUUGGGAAGGUGACAUUUAGCAAGGUGGAGAGAGAGAAGCUAGCUGAGAUUCUCUGGCUGCUUAAUUGGAUUUCUGUAGUGACAGGAACUAUCCUCUUUGGCCUUGGCUUGUUCCUCAGAGUAGAGAUUCACAAAUGGCAAGAAGUGAUGUCGGAGCAGGGAAUCCUCUAUGUGCCACAUAUGCUGAUCACCACAGGACUAGCAGCCUGCUGCAUCAACUUUUUCGGUGGCAAGAUCUGCCUGGACUGUGCCGACACCAACAAGUUCCUGCGGUGGAAGCUGGUGAUGAUGCCGUACAUCAUAUGCACCUUCUUCUUCACCUCUUGCGUCCUGGCAGGGGCGCUCAUGUGCUACGGCAUUCGCAGCCAAAUGGAGGAAUCCCUGUUUAUGGGCCUGAGGAAUGCCAUGCGAUACUAUAAAGACACAGACACUCCGGGCCGCUGCAACCUGAAGAGAACUGUGGACCUACUGCAGAUCCAGUUCCAGUGUUGUGGGAACACAGGAUACCGAGACUGGUUCCAGAUCCAGUGGAUCAGCAGCCGCUACCUGGACAUGGGCAGCAGUGCUGUGGUAGAUCGUAUGAGGAGUAAUGUGGAGGGAAAGUACCUGAUGGAUGGUGUUCCCUUCAGCUGCUGCAGCACCUUCUCCCCUUGGCCCUGCAUCCAGCACCAUCUCAGCACCAGCUCGACCCAAGACGAGAAAAGCCAGCAGCUGAACCUGUGGAGGCGGGGCUGCCAACAGGCCCUGCUAGACCACUACACCGGCAUCAUGCAGUCGAUCGGCCUCACCGUGCUACUCAUCUGGCUUUUUGAGUUGCUGGUUCUGACAGGUGUCCGUUAUCUGCAGACGGCCAUGGAGAACGUUCUCCGGCUGGGUGAUCCAGAGUCGGAAUCAGAUGGUUGGAUUUUGGAAAACAGCCUGGCAGAAACGGCCCGGUCCAACUUUAACAUUAUUAAGAACCUGGGAAAGUGUUACCAGGUCGACGACGACCCAAACAUCAAUGUCCCGACUGCUGCUCCAGAGGAGGAACUGCCAUCACAGCAGGUCCAGGUCCUCGUGACCAGCUAGCCUCCAGCCUGUGGAGUCAUGGACAGCAGAAGGAAUGAG